AUGGCAGCUGGUGGAAUUGUGUUGGCAGCAGACGACAGACUCGAGCCAUUCAAUAGCAAUCUGUUGUAUUUUGCUCUUGUUCAUCUUACAGAUCCGGACAGUAUUAUUACAAAGAUGAAUGGCAUGCCUACGUUGAACGACUUGCUUACUGCAGAAUCACGUACCAAACCACACUACAGUCUGCCCUCAUUACUGAGCAAUGCUUCAUCUUCACGACCAUUCAGUCCAGUCGAGUCGUCUGUCAGUCAGCACGAAGUUUCAGAUAUCUUCUCAACUGCUGACAUGUCCUGCAUGGAUAUACAGGACAUACUUGGAUCUCAAACAGACGAUGCAAGAGCAUUGUUUGGUGCCGAUCCAUUCGUACUGUCCACUUCAUUAUCUCUUGCGAUUCCUACAUUCAAUGCACUAGGUGGUCUUGCAGCAUCAGAUUCCAUUCCUUCCAAGGCUGCAGUCCUCGAAUCUUCAACAGCAUCCAUCAACUCACAGACUGGUGCACCAGCAAGCACUGUGUUUGGGUUUGGAUCGUUUGAAAGCACAUUUAUGACUGAUGAGGAAUUGGUUGCUGCACAGGAAAAACUGUCUGCAGACGAGGUUAAAUCCAAGGAGCAAGCAUUGGAUGAACUAUGCAGUCGUUUACUCAAAUUUCAACUACAUCCUCAACCAGAUUCAAUGUCUAAACUGCAUGAAUCUAUCAACUCGGACAACUUGGCUAGCUUUUAUUCUGAUAUUACCAUAUGCUAUGGAUUUGUAUGGCUUUCAAUGAUUGAGUUUGGCAAAGGCACACUGUGCAUUUCUAAUCAAAAAAUGCAUUGGACUGGUACUUUUCCUGGAGUAUCGACCGAUACCAUUUAUCUAGUCUUUUUGCUCAAAGAUCUUGCUAAAAUGUCAAGGUAUAUCAUCAACAUUAGCCAAUCUUUUGUUACAAUCAAUGCGGUCUUAUUUCAACAAAAGAUGCACGGCACUGACUAUCUUGCCACUUUAUUUUUAAAAGAUAGUUUAAAGUGUCAAGAAAUGGCUACUUGCAUCCGUGCCGCGAUAGCAGUAUUACAAAAGAAUAUGGCUAAAGACGCAACUCGUUGCAAUAUUACAUACGCUGCUGAAACUGAAGACGUAGAUACUGACUUGACCUUGGAAUCACAGGCAUCUCUUGACAAAUUGGAUCAUGAGUACAGACUCAAGUUGAACGAUGCUCAAGCGCGACGUGACGCAGCAGUUCUUAUGGCAGAGUCGCAAUAUACCGCCGAGUGCACGCAACUUCAAUUGAAUUUCCAAGAAAAACGACUUGCUAUAGCCAUACUAAAACCAAGCCAAUCUGCAUCAACUACAAAUGAUAUGGGCACCUCUUUGAUCACACAGCAAACUUAUGUUGGCAUCUGCCAGUUGUGCUGUGAUGACAUGAUUACCAAAGGUAGUUAUGUCGCAAUACACAUAUGCUCAGAUGAUUUAAAUUGA